AUGAGGUACGGCGAGGUGGCGCACUUCAGCCACCCGCAGCACCGUCUGCGGCUGGAGCACGCGGAGACGCCGUUCCGGUGCGACGGGUGCCGCGAGGUGGGCAUCGGGGCGCGGUUCCGCUGCCCGUACCCAGGCUGCGACCACGACCUGCACCGGCAGUGCGCGCUCCCCGCGUCGCCGCCGCCGCCGCCGCUGCGGCACCCGUUCUACCCGAGCUGCGCGUUCGUGUUCCUGGCGCGCGCGCCGGGGGGACCCGGGGCGCGCUACUGCAACGCGUGCGGCCGCGACGUGGCCGGCUACGUCUACCACUGCCGCGCCUGCGGGUUCGACCUGCACCCGUGCUGCGCCGCGCUCCCGCACGCGCUGGACGCCGGCGGCGGGGUCAGGCUGUACCUGCACCCGGACUCCAGGGCCGCCGGCGUGCCGCCCUGCCACCGGUGCGGCCACCGCGGGCGCAGCUGGAGCUACCGGAGCCAGUGCAGGUGCUACAGCCUCCACGUGGCGUGCGUCAUGGACAUGCUCGUCGAGAGCUGGCACGGCGUCGGGCGACACAAGGGCGCCGCCAGCGGAAUAGGAGGUCGAGGAGGAGGGGUGAGCAGCGCCGGCGUGAACGUGUACGACGGCGGGAUGGUGGUGCCCGGGAGCGGCGGGUACAGGGUGCCGGCGAUCAGGGGCGCGGCGAAGAGCAGCCACGCCAGCAGGGGGGGAGGAGGGUACUCGUACUGGGGCAGGAAGAAGGGCAAGGUGAAGCGCUGCUGCGAGAUCGCCGGGUUCGCCGCGCAGGUGGUCAUCUCCGCGGUGCUCGGCGACCCCACCGCGCUCAUCGCCGGCGUCAUAGGAUCGCUCAUCGCGCGGUGA